AAACUCAUAUUCAUCAUUCCUCCUUCUCAUAUGAAAAUUCGUUGUUUAUUCAAUAGCCUACUCAGCAUUUGACUAGAAGGGAUGGAUUUAUAAAUAAGCACAAGAUGUGAUGGUGAGUCUCUUUUGAAUGACACUAAGCUUAAGGAGCACCUCUUAGUAGAGGUGGUUACGUCCUGCAACAUGGCUGGGCAGAGGAGAGCCGCAUUAGCAAGGACUUGGGGAGAUGGUACGGCUGUCUGUCAUGCAUAACUAAUAUGACCUCCACAAGACAUGAAGGCACAGGGCGUGCUGUCUGUCUUCCUCAUCCUCAUUCCACCUCUGAGUGGAUUUCAAGAUGCAUUCUUUCUGGCUUUCUUGGAUUAUAUGAGUAGUGCAAAUGAGCAAGUUGUCAUUGGAAGACUUGAUGAAGACAUAAUUCUCCCUUGCUCAUUUAAGAGUGGGUCUAAAGUCAUAAUUCACUGGCAGAAACAAAAGACCAUCAAUGUUCACAGUUACUACAGAGGCAGUGACCAUUUGGAAAACCAAGAUUCUAAAUACACAAACAGGACAUCCCUCUUCCAUAGUGAGAUUCACAAUGGAAAUGCCUCCCUAUCUCUCAGAAGAUUAAGCCUUCUGGAUGAAGGAAAUUACAACUGCUAUGUAUCAACUGCAAUUGGAAGUAUCACAAAUAAAGUGGUGCUAAAGGUGGGAGCUUUCCUCACACCUGUGAUGAAGUAUGAAAAGAGGAAAACAAACAGUUUCUUAAUAUGCAGUGUGUUCAGUGUUUAUCCUCGUCCAGUUAUCACAUGGAAAGUGGACGGCUCUACACCUGUCUCUGAAAAGAACACGGGAGAAAUCGGGCCUUUGGGUUCUUUUUAUAUUAACAGCACACAGAAUAUUACAGGAUCAAAUUCAUCUUAUGAAUGUACUAUUGAAAAUUCAUUGCUGAAGCAAACCUGGAUGGGGCGAUGGACAAGGGAAGGCAGCCUUCAUAAUAAGCAAGGAGAACGUGUUUCACUUUCGUGUCAACUUGGGAGCAAUUUUUCUCUGCUAAACCAAGACUUCAGAGUUACUUGGUCCAGAGUGCAACAUGGAACGUCCUUUGUCCUGGCUUCAUAUCCGAGCUCCUCACAAAAAAUGAUUAUCAGUGAACCCCGAUUGUCACUGAACAAAGAGCUGAUAAGCCAGAGGGACUUCUCUGUGAAUUUGACCGAUCUUAGUCUUUCAGACAGUGGAGAAUAUUUAUGUAAUAUUUCUUCAAGCAAAUAUACUUUACUUACCAUCCACACACUGCACAUUGAACUGAGCCAAGGAACAGCUUCCCGGAACAGACAUUUUGGGAUUUUGGCGGCUCUUCCAAUUUUUGUGGUUCUUCUGAUUUUGGCAGUAAGAUAUUACCCAGUCUGUAACAGUUCCAGCACAGAAAGGAGCCAUGUCUCUACUGAUAAGAGAGCUAGCAAUGCUGAUAAUGCGGAAGAAAAUAUGGCUCUUUCCAAAUCUCCAUCUACUACAGGAAAUGAACACUGUGACAACACAUGACCAGCAUCCUUAAUAUCCAGUGACUCAUCUUCCCUUUCUUCAGUGCAAUCCCAGGCAAAAAUUUGUCACACCAGGCAAUUUUACUACUGUAAGGACUUGUGACCAUAUUUUUAUGGUAUCACAUUUACUCUUCAAGACAACACUCACUGUUCUCCUAACUACGAUAAGGGUACAAACACCUGGAUGUUAAGGCUCCAGUUUAACUUAAAAGAGUACUACCUCAUUUGUCUACAUUCCUGCUGCAGUCAUUCCAGGAGGGUACACUGAAGUUUCCAUCAAGAACUCAGAAGAAAGGUCUGUCACUAGGAGCCAAUUCAAAAUGUCAUCGAUUUGCUUUGGUUGUUGUCUCCUUAGCUGUACAGAAGCUUUUCAGUUUAAUUAAGUCCCAUUUAUUUAUUUUCUUUUGUUGUUGCAAUUGCCAUGGACGUCGUCUUCAUAAAGUCUUUCCCCAGGCCAAUAUCUUCAAGUGUUUUCCCCACACUUUCUUCGAGGAUUUUUAUUGCCUCAUGCCUUAGAUUUAAAUCUUUUAUCCAUCUUGAAUCAAUUUUUAUAAGUGGUGGAAGGUGCGGGUCCAGUUUCAGUCUUUUACAUGUGGUUAUCUAGUUCUCCCAGCACCAUUUAAUGAAUAGGGAUUCUUUUCCCCAGUGUGUGCUCUUGUUUAGUUUAUCAAAGAUAUGGUGGUUGUAAGAUUUUGGUUUCAUCUCAUGGUUUUCUAUUCAGUUCCAAAUGUCUAUGUCUUGUGCCAAUAUUAUGCUGUGGACUUAAUCACUGAUCACUGUGAACUUGUAAUAUAGCCUAAAGUCUGGGAGGGUGAUGCCCCAGCUUUAUUUUCAUUACUAAGAAUUGCCUUGGAUAUAUGUUUUGUUUUUUUUUUUUCUGGUUCCAUACAAAACAAAGAAUUAUUUUUUCCAAAUCUUGAAAGUAUGGUGUUGGUAUUUUAAUAGGGUUUUCACUGAAUCUAUAGAUUGCUUUGGGAAGUAUAGACAUUUUAACAAUGUUGCUUCUUCCCAGCCAUAAGCAUGGGGUGUUCUUCCAUUUAAUAUCUUCUGCUAUUUCUUUUCUUAGCAUUUCAUAAUUUUCUUUGUAGAGGUUCUUCACCUCUUUUGUUAUGUAUAUUCCUAGGUAUUUCUUUUUUUUUUUUUUUUUGGAAGCUACUGUGAAGGGAAUUGUGUCCUUGACUAGCUUCUCAACUUGACUGCUGUUGGCAUAUACAAAGGCUACUGAUUUGUGGACAACCUUCAGAAUAGGAAAAGAUAUUUGCAUAGGAUCAAAGAUAUUUGCAUAGGCUCAAAGGCUUGAUAACUAGAAUCUACAGAGAGCUCAAAUUAAUCAACCGAAAUAGAGUUAACAAUCCCGUCUAUCACUGGGCAAGAGACAUGAAUAGAACCAUCUCUAAGGAAGACAGACAAAUGGCCAACAAACAUGAAAAAAUGCUCAUUGUCCUAAUCAUCAGAGAAAUGCAAAUCAAAACCACCCUGAGAUAUCACCUAACCCCAGCAAGAUUAGCCCACAUCACAAAGUCCCCGAGCUGCAGAUGCUGGAGUGGAUAUGGAAAGAAGGGAACACUUUUACACUGCUGGUGGUACUACAAACUACUGCAAACUAAUAUAGCCUCUUUGGAAAGAAGUAUGGAGAAUCCUCAAAGAAUUCAAAUUAGACCUCCCAUUUGAACCUGCAAUCAUAGUACUAGGCAUCUACCCAGAAGAAAAAUCAUUUUAUCAUAAGGUCAUUUGCACUAGAUUGUUUGUCACAACUCAAUUUACAUUGCCAAAACAUGAAAACAACCUAAAUGCUCAUCAACUCAGGAAUAGAGUAAUAAAUUGUGGCGCAUGCACACCAUGGAAUACUAUUCAGACAUAAAAAAGAUGGUGACUUGGGCGGCACCUGUGGCUCAAAGGGGUAGGGCGCCAGCCCCAUACGCCGGAGGUGGCAGGUUCCCCAGCCCUGGCCAAAAACUGCAAAAAAAAAGAUGGUGACUUCAUAUCUUUUGUAAUAUCCUGGGUGGAGAUGAAGCACAGUCUUCUUAUUAAAGUAUUACAAGAAUGGAAAAGCAAAUAUUCACUGUACUCAAUACUAAGAUGAAGUCAGUAAAGAUCUAAUGCAUGCCCAAAUAGAACUCAU